CCGGGGUAAGGGCAAGAAGGGAAGCAGGCGGCUCCAUGCAGGCGGGCAGCCUUCAGACCAUUGCAAUCUGGAUGCCCUUUGUGGAUGAAAGAUGUAUCAUGGAAUGAACCUGAACAGCAGGGAUCCGUUCCUAGAGAAGCCGCGGCAGCAGCAGCCUCCAGCGCAGCAUCAGCAGUGUUCCCAGGCCAGGCUCUCCCUGGUGGUCUUAUGGUUCCAGCUGGCUCUGUGCUUUGGCCCUGCACAGAUCACAGGUGGUUUUGAUGUCCUCCAUGCUUGUGCUGAUCCUGGAUUCCCAGAACAUGGAUAUAAGAUGCCUGGUGCAGGUGUUUUCUUUGAAAGUUCAGUAGUUCGGUUCCAUUGCCAAGAAGGAUACAGGCUUAAGGGUCCACCUAAAAAACUUUGUGUGAGACAUUUUAACGGCUCUCUAAGCUGGAAGCCAAGUGAUAAACCUGUGUGCCUAGAAGAAGGUGUGUUCCUUGGAGCACUGAAAGAGGCAGCAGUAAGGCCACUUCUGAAGAAGCUAUCUUUGGACCCCACCGAUCUGUCCAGUUAUCGCCCGGUUUCAAAUCUCCCAUUCCUGGUCACAGAUUGCCUUGCUCCACAUGUUGAAGAUGCAGAGGUUCAUAACAAGACAUACAGAACUGGAAAUAAGUUAAUAAUCAGCUGUCAUGAAGGAUUCCAGAUCCGUUACCCUGAUUUAGACAACAUGGUUUCAGUAUGUCAAGAUGAUGGAACAUGGGAUAACCUGCCCAUUUGCCAAGGUUGCCUGAGGCCGUUGGCUCUUCCUCAUAGUUACAUUAACAUAUCUGAGUUCGAGUCCUCCUUCCCAGUAGGAACAAUGAUAUAUUAUCAGUGCUUUCCUGGAUAUAAACUAGAGGGGACAGAGUUCCUUGAGUGCAUGUAUAACCUUAUCUGGUCAGAUAGCCCACCUAGGUGCCUUGAUGUGGAAGUUUGUCCACUACCUCCUAUGGUGACUCAUGGAGAUUAUAUAUGCCAUCCGCGGCCUUGUGAGCAUUACAACCAUGGAACUGUGGUUGAGUUCUAUUGUGAUCCUGGCUAUACUCUCACCAAUGAUUACAAAUAUAUCACCUGCCAGUAUGGAGAAUGGUUUCCUUCAUAUCAAGUAUACUGUGUCAAAACAGAACAAACCUGGCCAAAUACACAAGAAACUCUCCUGACAACAUGGAAGAUUGUGGCGUUUACGGCUACCAGUGUUCUUCUGGUUCUUCUGUUAGUUAUUCUUGCCAGAAUGUUCCAGACCAAAUUUAAAGCACACUUCCUUCCAAGAGGUGCCCAGGAGAGUUGCAGCAGUGAUCCUGAUUUUGUGGUGGUGGAUGGUGUUCCUGUUAUGCUUCCUUCCUAUGAUGAAGCUGUGAGCAGUGGUUUGAAUGCCUUGGCACCUGGAUGCAUGUCCCCUGCAGGCCAGGGGUAUGCUUUGCAAGCAGAUGAUCAGAACCCUCCAGCUUAUCCUGGUCCAGAAGAUAUGGACAGGUUACCAGCUGAAUUUGAUACCUGUGACAGCAUUUCAGGCUCUUCUGAACUCCUUCAAAGUUUGUACACUUCUUCAGUGUGUCAAGUGGGAGCACAUCCUGUCUCAGAGAGAACUGAUGCUAUCAACAGCACCACUGGGGAAGUAGCAUCCACCAGCCCAAGCAUUGACAUUGCAGAUGAAAUUCCAUUGAUGGAUGAAGACCUUUAAUCUGCACAAAUCUUGCUCAUUACUUGCUCACACCUUGGGGGGAGGGGAGAAAGAAUCAUGCACAUAUGUAUACAAACAUACCUAUAUAUCUAUAUAAAUCUCUAUAUAAAGACUGCUUAAAGAUUGGAUGGGGGACGGGUCUUUUUUGUUUUUAUAAAUCUUCUACAUGAUAAUAUCACCGGAUUUUGUGCACACAUCUUAAUCAACUUUGGGGGUUGAGAGCAUCAGCUAUUCAACAGCAGCUUUACAAAAUGAAUCCUGAGGAUUUGAUGAGACUAGUCACUGCUAAAGAACUAUAGAUUCACGGAAUAGUGACGAGUAUAUCUGCAUCGCAGGAAGUCUUAACUCUUUAGAAAGAACCAAUGAGAGUAAUUUGUGGUACAGGUACAAACUGCCUAGUGAAAGCAUGUCAGAUUAUGUAAAUUUUGCUUUAUCAAAGCUGCUUCAUAUUUAUGAUGAACUACAAUUUUAAAAAAUCCUAACUU